GUGCUUCCGGUGCUAUGCCUGAAAGAAGGCUUUUAUUGACCAAUCAUGUGCCUUGUACUAUAUGGCUCAACGUAUUUUUCCCGCCAAAAAUGUGUGACAUUCCAAAAUAUUACUCUGCCUUAUCAUGAGUUCUCCAAAGAAAUCCCCAAAAAAGGCUAUUACUUUCAAAUCAUAUGUAGCGCAGAACAGUGCUAGAUUAGAGGAGAGGUACCCGUUUCUACCGAAAGCACAAAUUCAGGCAAAGCUCAAGAUAUUGUGGCGAAAGAUGAUCAGUGAAGAAAACUUAAAAAGAGACAAGCGCGAAAAUGCCCGAUCUCCAGGAAAAACAAAGACUACAUCACCAAUAAAGGACAAGCCUAAUGUGACCUCAAUACCCUUCACCUUGAUGGAUGAUGGAGUGGAGCCUGAAAUGGAAAGCUCAGACUUAAACCUCUCACUAUUGAGCAACAGUUUAACAGAAGAAAGUGUGAAUGAUGUGAACUCCUUUGAGCUGCACAUGGUAAACGAAGAUGAUGCAGGGCCAAAGUUGGAAGAAAUUGUUGGUGGACUUUUUGAACCACACAGUAACCAAGGCCAACAAGAAAGCCGACUUCUCACCAGUGAAGCAAGCAGGCAAGAAAACUUCAAUGCCAUGUUUAACGAAGAUGAGGUGUUCCUAUGAUAACAUGGAGGGAUUUCUCCCACAAAAAAAAGAGGGACAUGUUCAGCUUUUUACAGCAAAGAACUGUUCAGUUAUAAAGAAAUGAUUUAUCAAGUUGGGAUGUAGAAAGAUUGCUUUGUUAGUUGCUGUAGUUACUGGGUGAAUAGGUAUGUUGAAAAGCACAAAGAUUGUAUAUAGUUAGCUACUGAAUAGCAUUGUGUACAAAGGUUGCUCAGGCAUGUUUAUGUAUUACGCGACUCCUGUGUAGCACCUGAUGUAUAGCAUUGCACAGCAGGCGUGUACAUAGGGGGGUGCGCAGGGUGCACAUGGACACCCCCUUGGCAGCCAAAUUGUGGGUCAUUUCUUAUUAAGAUAAGAAAUAAGAUACCCAUGACUGUGCACCCCCCUCAGCCAAUCCUGGUUAUGCACCUGCACAGUACUGUAGUUCAAUUUAUUGGUAGGUUCCAUCUAUAGAAUGGGAUUUCUUGAGAUAAUAUAAAAAUAUCAAAAAGAAUCAGAAAAAUAAAAUUGAAAAAAAAAUUUCAAAGUGA